GCCAGCCGCCCUCGAUGACGAAACUCAAUUCGGGCCCAACCUGAAGGCGAUCAUGAACAAGCCGUGGGCCGACGUGAGCAAGGCAGAGCAGGACAGCGUUAUUCGGCAGAUGGGCCAGAGAAGGGCGCGUGAGUUGUUGGCCGACAGCUGGCGCCCGCGCCCUUCCUACUUCAGCGACGAGACGGCUCUGGAGAAACUGCUUCAGGGGCACUCGCCGUGUCGGGCGGCGGGUUGUCCGACAAGGGUCACGCCCCUCAAUAUCGACCUCGUGGGUCUGCUAGGCUCAGUUCAGGAGUGUCCAUUAGUGACUGACAUGGCGCCCCUGGGGGUCAUCGGAUUCCUGUGGGCCUAUCAGGAGCGCACGCUGGCGCCAUCCGCCGACGUGUACGAGACCGCCCCCUACUUCGAUCCUGUGCUGAGGUUCAGUCAGAGGGAGUAUCAUCGUCUGCUCCGCCGUCUAGCGGAGAUCGGCAUUAUAUCUUGGACGUCUACCCCGAAGAGCCAGGCGGGCCUCUUCGCGAUGGAGACGGACGGCGGCGCGGCCCAGCGCCUCAUCGCCGACGCCAGGCGGGCCAACGAGUGCUUCAAGGCGCCGCCAGGCGUGUCUCUGCUGGGAUCGGAGGGGCUCUCUCGCGCGGAGGUGGAGCUGCCCGCCGACGCGCCGCUGGGUUCCGAGCGGACUGUCGAGCUGCUGAGCGACUUCUACUUGGCGGUCGGGCUCUCCGAAGUGCGCGGCCGCCGGCUCGGCCGCGCGGAGGCAGCAACCCCGCGCCGGGCCGUCCUGCCCAUGGGCUCCGCGUGGAGUUUGUGGAUCGCGCAGAUGAUCGACGAGGACCGCGCGCCGCCGCUGGUGGUGAGGCCCUGGCUGGCGGAGGAGGCCGACGAGAUCGGCUACUACGCGCGCGUGGACAACCUCGGCGCGAUCGGGGUCUGCGAGAAGGCUGUCGGCCGGGUGCUCGAGCAGCUGGAGGGGGGCUUCAAUCGUGAGGGCCUGCUGCUGCGUGAGUCCGAGCUCUCGCGGGCGGGCAUCGUGGCCUUGGGCGCAGAGCUAGACGGCGCCGCCUUGAGGGCGCGGGUCGCGCCUAAGCGCAUCUGGAACGUCUACGCGGCGCUGGGCGCACUACUGAGGCGCAAGCGGGCCAGCGCCUGGUCCGUGCAGGUGGUCCUCGGCCACUGCGCCUUUGUUGCCCUGUGCUGCCGAAGGUUGCUCGGCGUCUUCCACUCGGCGCGCGCGUUCGUGGAGCGCGGGCGCGCUUCGGGCCGGGCUGAGCCGCUGCGGGGCGAGUGCCGAGAGGAGCUGCGUGUUUUCAGGCCCCUCGUGAUCUUCAUGGCCGACAGCGGCCUUGAGGGCUGCGCCGCGGCGCAGGCCUCCUGGCCCCUGGAUGCCCCGAGGGAGGUGGGCCGCACCUCCGAGCGCAAGCGCUUUCGGCGAAGCGCCCUCGAAACCGCGGGCUUCAGGUGGCAGGCGGACGGGGGCUGGUCAGUCGCCACGGGGGCAGAUGAGCGGGGCUGCGACGAGCCGCCCUCGGAGACGGCGCGAGACUGGGAAGUCGUCCGGUCUUUCCCCGAGGUGCCCGCCAGUCUCUUGAAGUCAGAUUUUUGGCGGUUGGUGAAUGCGCAGAAAUGGAAGAGAAUUCGCGCUUUCCAGGCCCACUGUUUGGCCAGGAAUGUCCUUGGUGCCGUUCGUUGGAUCCCCUCCGAGCUUAACUUCGCGGACAAGGGUAUUCGAGUUUUUGAGAAUAGCAGUGCUAGUAAGACGUUGACCGACGAGCAGCUGAGCCGCGCGCCGGCGCUGGCCGACGUCGGCGUGAGCAGCGGCACCGACGGCGAGGCGAGGCCCGGGCCCAGCGCCGCGCGGCGGGCAGUUUUGAGGCGCGCGGGCCACCAGAGGCGACGCAAAUUCCUGGGCCUCGCCCUCGCGACCCCCGCCCUGGGAGCGAGUACCUUCCUCGAGCAGAGCUCGGUGACUCCGAAGGUGCUGGGGCGCCGCCAUGCCGAGGUCGGCGGCUUCAUCGACUUCGCGCGCGGGCGGUCGCUGGGGUGCGAACAAGGGCGAGCAGGUCCUGGCUGGCUCGAUGUGCCUGGCGCCGGAUAUCUCGCGGGCUGGCGGCCGCCUGCCCCCCCGGGCCCUUCGCUGCCUGAAGGGAUGGCGGCGCCGGGCGCCGGGUCGCAGUCGGCGGAGCACGCGGAGCGGAGCAAGACAGUUCUCAGCGAUGUCAGUACAGCGUUGAACUCCCCAUGCCUGCAGUUUCUAGGACCGAUCCUGAGAGCGUUCGUCGAUGGGCCGCGGGGGGGGUCGGUCUGGGCGUUCACGUACCCGCAGCGCCCGAUGGAGUUCAAAGCUGCGCUGGCCGAGCUCGAGAACGGCGAGACCAUCGCCUGCGAAGCAGUGCUCGAGGGUAUGCUCCUGGGGAGGCCGCGCGGCGUGACGCUCGCCUGGCGGGCCACUUCAGGGGUCGGUACGUCCUCGACGUCUAUUCGGGCACCGCGGGGGUUGCUCGAGCGGCGGCCCAGCAGGGCUGCAAAGCUCGCGCAUUCGAUCGCGCACGCGGACCAGCAGAGGACCUCACCAGCGAUAGAGCGCUGA